AUGCCAGACACUCCGCAGGCUUUAUUUUUCGACACGUUCGGCACAGUCGUCGAAUGGCGAUCCUGCGUGACCAGCGCGCUGACCACCAUCGCUCAGCAAGUCCUGCGCGAUCCACACAGGGAUAUCCCAACCGACGUGCGCCAGCGCGCAUCAGCGCUCGACGAGUCGGACUGGCUCGGGGUCGCCGAAGAUUGGCGGCGGUCUUACGGCGUGUUCACCCGCACUUUUGAUGCAUCCAAGCCCUUCAUAUCGGUUGAUCAGCACCAUCAUACCGCACUGCAAGAUCUUCUUCGGCAGCGGGGGAUUCGGGACUUGUUCAGCGAUGACGAGCUGUGGGAGCUGACGCUCGCCUGGCACCGGCUGGAUCCAUGGCCGGACAGUGCGCGCGGGCUCGGUCUGCUGAACAGCCGAUUCACCACAUCGACCCUGUCGAAUGGCAAUGUCUCGCUGCUGCAGGAUCUCAAGGAGCAUGGAUCCCUGCCCUUUGCCCACCUGGUCAGCUCCGAGAACUUCGGCGCGUACAAGCCUUCGCCGAAGGUAUAUCUGGGUGCGGCUAAGCUACUGGGGCUUGACCCGUCGCAGUGUGUCUUGGUUGCCGCGCAUCUCAAUGACUUGGAAGCGGCCAAGAGCUGCGGGUUCCAGACUGUCUAUGUAGAGCGGGAGAAGGAGGAGGCACGGUCGCCCGAGCAGGUGGCGCAGGCCAAGAAGGAAGGGUUUGUGGAUAUGUGGGUGGAUCUGAAUACAGGGGGGUUUAUCGAAGUGGCUCGGCGGUUCGGCAUUGAGGAACGGCCGUGA